AGCAUCUUUCCAAACUACUUCGAUGUCUGGAAUUUAGGAUCUCAGCUUAACAACUUGGGUAGGGCCACGGGCGGAUACUUUGACCUGGUCGCCUUCGACCCCAGGGGAACGGGAAACACCAUUCCUUUCAACUGCACCGAUGAUCCUGUUGAGCUUUAUGCUCUGUCUCAGGUAUUUAGCCAAAUGGGUAACUCUUCGGAUACCGCUGCCGCCCAGAUUUGGGCGCAUACUGGUGCGUUGGCGAAUACUUGCCUUCAAAGGCAGUCUGAGAUAGGGGAGUUCAUCAACACAGCUUUUGUCGCUCGUGACUUGAUGAGUGUGGUCGAUGCGCUUGGGGAAGAUGGCAUGCUCCGCUUCUGGGGUCUUUCUUAUGGUUCCACACUAGGCGCGACGGUUUCUGCCAUGUUCCCUGACCGUAUUGAGCGAGUUAUACUCGACGGUGUGGCAAACAUGCAUGAAUACUACAAUGGCCACGCCGAGAUCCAGCAAUGCGCUGAUACUGAUGAAACGUUCUCAAAAAUAUGGUCGACGUGCAUUGACGUUGGCGCCGAGUUUUGUCCAUUGGCCCUUGCGUAUAAUGACGGACAGAUCCUUGAGCAGGAUGUGUGGAAGCUCGUCGAGGAUCUGAAACUUAACCCGAUAGCUUUAUCGUCACCAAAUGCCUCGCUCGUGCUGGAUUACACCACCGUGCUCUCUGCGUUUGUAUCAGCCGUCUACAACUCCGAUACAUGGCCUGCGCUGGCAACUGCCAUAAGCCUCAUCAUGUCCAGGGAUGCACAAGACGGGAAUGAUGAGCAUCUAAUCAAUCUUCUACAAGCCUUCAACUUAGCGAAUAGUGAAGCAAAACUCGCCGGAGCCAAACUUGCUUUAGCAAAUCUCGGCAUCCGGGGAUCAGAUCGGAAAGGAAGGGUCUCAAGCCGCGAGCAACUAUCCUCCACUUUUUUCCAGCUAAGCCACACCAGCCGCCUGCUGGGUCUAACAACCCAAGGGCUUAUAAUGGUUACCAACCAGUGGAAAUUCAAUGCCAAAGAGCGUUACAAUGGCCCUUGGGCGGAUAUCAAGACCAAGAAACCCAUCCUCUUAAUUGGAAAUACUCUGGAUGUGUUGACGUCCAUCAAGGCAGCGCGGAAUACCAGUGUAAUAUUCAGGGGGAGCAUAGUGGUAGAGCUCCAAGCCUAUGCGCAUGGCUCGAUCAAUCCUAAAUCGAAGUGCCUGGACCAAAUAACAGCCGCGUACUUCUUCAAUGGCACAAUACCCCCUAAUGAUACUAUUUGCGCAACGGAUGCUCAGCCUUGGCAGCUACCAUCCAGCCAUGACGAGUUCUAG